CACGGCUGGUCCCCUGGCUGGUAUCCGCUUUGACAAUACACACGUAUCCAUCAGGAACCGUCGUGGUCUCUGGUCAGUUACUUGUAUGCCCAGGCUGGCCCUGCAAACCUAACCCAUCCCGUCGUCCGUCGGUGGCAUACAUACUCCCCUCGCAUCGCAACCCUCUUCAUCCCCUCCCCUCGCUUUCUCUGCACUCUCCAAACCGCCUCGCCCCCAGCGUGUCUCUCCUCGUGCCGCGCAUGACGCAGAGCCAGGCUUAAUAAGUAAUUACCCGACUCUACAUCAGCCCAUUGAUUUUCGUGACCGUCCACUCGUUCGCUGCGUGUGCUGAGCCAUACUCGUGUGUCUUCACUUCACCUCACCGCUGGCCAAGGCCACAUUGCGGAUUUCAGACUGGCUCUGAAUCGAAAAGGGUCGUCCGACAACUAGUUAUUAUCCGAGCGUAUUCAUUCAUAGGCAAGAUCCCACGAGGGCUGGAGACUGAGCGGGGCCUACGAACGGCGGCAUCGACGACCAAGACGACGACGUCGGCGCCAACAGUACAAACGACAGUAGGGGGAGAGACUUGGCCACAGCUUGGCUGCCAAAGGUGCGAACGGGCUGCGACGGGCCCGCGGGACAGGCAAACCGACGCCAAUCACUACGAAACGCAGUCCAAGUCGAGGCGACCUCGCAGACAGCAGCCAAGAUGAGCUACGAGAUGCGAUCUAGUUAUGGGAGCUACGACAAGCCCACGGAACGGUCAAGAUGGACGCCCCUGACGCGGAUGCUUCUCUCUGGCGAGAUGACGCAGGAGAAACAGCAGGAGCUGACGUCGAGGGAAAAGUUUGACCGCUGGAUGAUCAACGAAGGGUACCGGAGAGUGUUCGUCUUCGUCUUCGUGGUCGCGCACGCGCUCAUCUUCUCGUUUGCGAGCGUACACUACGCCAUGAAGGACAGCUUGCAAUCGGCGCGCGACAUCUUCGGGUUCACGUACGUAAUCGCACGGUCGUCGGCGGUGGUGCUGCACGUCGACGUGGGCAUCAUCCUGUUCCCCGUGUGCCGGACGCUCAUCUCGCUGCUGCGGCAGACGCCGCUCAACGGCAUCAUCCAGUUCGACAAGAAUAUCACGUUCCACAUCACGACGGCGUGGUCCAUCGUCUUCUGGUCGUGGGUGCACACCAUCGCCCACUGGAACAACUUUGCGCAGGUGGCGGCCAAGAACAAGCUGGGCUUCUACGGCUGGCUGCUCGCCAACUUUGCCAGCGGGCCCGGCUGGACGGGCUACAUCAUGCUCAUCGCGCUCAUGGGCAUGGUGCUGACGUCGGUCGAGAAGCCGCGCCGCGCAAACUACGAGCGUUUCUGGUACACGCACCAUAUGUUCAUCCUCUUCUUCUUCUUCUGGGCCAUCCACGGCGCCUUUUGCAUGAUCCAGCCCGACGUGGCGCCCUUUUGCUCGAGCAUCGGCGCCUCGGCCAUUGGCGUCUUCUGGCAGUACUGGAUGUACGGCGGCUUCGCGUACCUGGCCGAGCGCGUGGCCCGUGAGCUGCGCGGCCGCCACAAGACGUACAUCUCCAAGGUCAUCCAGCACCCGAGCCAGGUGUGCGAGAUCCAGAUCAAGAAGGAGCACACAAAGACGCGCGCGGGCCAGUACAUCUUCUUUUGCUGCCCGGCCGUCUCGCUGUGGCAGUACCACCCUUUCACGCUGACGAGCGCGCCCGAGGAGGACUACAUCUCGAUCCACAUGCGGUGCCAGGGCGAUUUCACCAUGGCCGUUUCCCAGGCACUGGGCUGCGAAUGGGGCAAAAAGGGCGGCGGCGGCGGCGGCGACGCGAGCAAGGUGGUGACGGUGGACUCGGCCGGCGGCAACGGGGUCGACCCGGCGCUCCGGCGCGUGCUCCCGCGAGUCUACAUCGACGGGCCGUUCGGGUCGGCGUCCGAGGACGUCUUCAAGUAUGAGGUGUCGAUCCUGGUGGGCGCGGGCAUCGGCGUGACGCCGUUCGCGUCGAUCCUCAAGAGCAUCUGGUACCGGAUGAACUACCCGCAGACGCGGACGCGGCUGUCCAAGGUGUACUUCUUCUGGAUCUGCCGCGACUUUGGGUCGUUUGAGUGGUUCCGCUCGCUGCUGCUGGCCGUCGAGGCGCAGGACCUGGAGCACCGCAUCGAGAUCCACACGUACCUGACGGCCAAGAUCAAGGCCGACGACGCCACCAACAUCAUGAUCAACGACGCCAACGCCGACAAGGACACCAUCACGGGCCUGCGCAGCCCGACCAACUUUGGCCGGCCCAACUGGGACAUGAUCUUUCGUGGCAUCCGCAAGCUGCACGCGCCGGGCGAGGCCGGCGUCUUCUUCUGCGGGCCGAAAGGCCUGGGCAGCUCGCUGCAUGUCUACUGCAACAAGUACACGGAGCCUGGGUUCUCGUUUGUCUGGGGAAAGGAAAACUUUUAGACUCGGUGGUGGCGGGGUUCCGGUCCUUUUGGAUACCACUUUUUGGCUGGCAUAUGGAGGCGGACUACGUACGUGUUCGUCUAGAUGAGUCGUCCCGGCCGCAGUUUGCUUCUUUCGUUUUGAAAGCUCCCUUCCCUUGCACUCCCAUUUUUCACUUCUGCACUCGUUUUCUGCUUCUCUUUUUCCAACUCACUCUCCUACGCCGCCCUGGUUUACGGGCGGCACACACACGUGCGCGGGACGCAAAACACUUAGUUAGACGGGGAUGCGAGGCGAGAGCUUCAAAAGAAAAGAGCUCGGAUAAUUGGGCCACAGGGACGGAAAGCCGGGGCUACAUACGGCGGCACUACGUAUAUGUAUGUAGCCACGGAAUGGAGGGGCUCCCUCUCCGCAGAUGUCAGCCGGUUGAGAUCGCAAUAUCACGCUAUUUUAAACGUAAUGCACGACCUGGGAUUUCAGACGGACGGGCAUGCGCUUGGUCGGUGCCUGCAGCGCGGACGGC